AUGACAGUAUAUUACACUUUAGAAAAAAAGCCAAUGCUAGGAGAACUUAUGCUGUAUGCUUAUGCGAUGCUGGAAGAUAGAGGAGCUUGGAAUGAAGAAAAACGACAUCAGGCAUAUUUAUUGGCUUGUGUUAUUGAAAUGAGUAUAUCUUAUUUCUUAUUUACCGACGAUAUACAAGAUGAUGGAAAAAUACGCUGUGGUAAAGUUUGUUGGCAUCUGUUACCAGACGUUGGCACAUUAGCCAUGAACGACGCAUGUUUGCUGCGUAGCUUCAUACAAGAACUGUUGCUACAAAAUUUCUCUGAACCCAUGUUUUUUAAAAUCAUGGAAGUUCUUAAUAAGACUUAUUUUUCAACCGCGAUGGGGCAGCACAUGGACCUAUCUUUAGAAAGAGAUCGAAAUUUUGAUAACUUUAUUAUGAAAUGUUACUGUGAAGUUAAUGAAAUGAAAAUGGCAUUUCCCGUAUUAGAGAUGCCCAUAAUUGUUGCUCUCAUUUUAUCAAAUAAAGCCACUAAAGAAUCAAUGCAACAAAUUCACAACAUUUGUGUUGAUAUUGGUAUAUUAUUUCAGAUUCAGAAUGACAUCACAGAUUUUUACAACUGGGAGGGAUUGAUAAAAUCUUCUACGGAUAUUCAAAAAGGCAAAUGCUCUUGGUUAGCAGUGAAAGCAUUGGAGCUAAGUAACGAAGAUCAACGACGCAUCUUCAAGGAAUGCUAUGGAAGUUGGGAUCCGACCCAUGUACAUAAAAUUCGAGAAUUGUAUGAGGAAUUAAAAUUACCACAGAUAUUUGUUCAAGAAAAGGAAGCGCGAUAUAAAAUAUUUUUCAAAAAAAUUAACGAAUUGCCUCCAGGUUGCGUGCCUGACGUGAAUUUCUAUCAAAAGCUUUUUAAACUUAUCGAAAAGUUUGAAAUAUAA